AUGGUGGUUGUGGUGGUUAUGGUGGUGGUGGUUGUGAUGGAGAUGGUGCUCCAAAUUGGAGCAAUUGUCACAAAGAUGGGAGCUGAUAUCAUUCAAACUGCAGAAUGGGAGCUGAUAUCAUUCAAACUGCAAAGUGAGCUGCUGCUGCUGCUGCUGCUGCUGCUGCUGCUGAUUACGGUGAUUAUGGUGGUUGUGGUGGUUAUGGUGGUGGUGGUUGUGAUGGAGAUGAGUGAGCUGCUGCUGCUGCUGCUGCUGCUGCUGCUGCUGCUGCUGAUUACGGUGAUUAUGGUGGUUGUGGUGGUUAUGGUGGUGGUGGUUGUGAUGGAGAUGGUGCUCCAAAUUGGAGCAAUUGUCACAAAUAUGGGAGCUGAUAUCAUUCAAACUGCGAAGGAGUUAAUUGACGGAAUUGGAGUUUCUUUGGAGUUGGACACAGAUGGCAUUUGGUGUUUAUUGCCAGAAGGAUUUCCCUUCGUCUACGAGCUGGAAAUAAUGCCAGACCCCAGCAGCAGCAGCAGCAGCAGCAGCAGCAGCGGGAGCAGCAGCAGCAGCAGCAGGGGCGUGCGGAAGCUGCGUUUUGAGUUUCCGACGUGGCUGUUGAACUUUGCGGUGUACAGACGCUUCCGGAAUGAAAUGUUUCUUUCUUUUUGUCCAGAAAGAAAAUCAUUUUUAAAAGAAAUUAAAAAUGAAAUUCUUUUCGAACUCGACGGGCCUUGGAAGGGAAUGUUUCUUCCCGCCAGCGAAAAGUCCGACUCUCUCUUGAAAAAAAGGUACGUGGUGUACGGGUCUGGGGGCGCGAUAAAAGAGCUGAAAGGGUUUGAGAUGAAGCGAAGGGGAGAAAUGGAAAUAGUGCAGCAGCUGCAGCAGCAGCUGUUUCCUUGCUUCAUGAGUGGCAGCAGCAAAGCGGAAGCUUACGCUGCUGCUGCUGCAGUGGGGCGGCGGUACCUGCUGCUGCUGCAGCAGCAGGGGCUGGGGGUGGCCUCGCAGCAGCAGCUGCUGCAGCUGCUGCUGCUGCGCAAAGUCCUCGGCAAAAGCGUUGCUGCUCUCGGCAGCAGCAAAUCCAUGGCAGCAACUGCAGCAACUCGACUUUGUGAGCUGCUGAGAGACAAGUCUUAUCUUUCUGUGUCUCCUUUAGCAGCAAACUUCAUUGUUGCUGCUUACCCGCGGGGCGCUGAGGUGACCUCGCGGGCGCUGCCGCUGCUGCUGCUGCAGGCGCCGCUGCAGCAGCAGCAGAUGCUGCUGCAGCGCUGGCUCCAGCUCUCCCCCGCAGACGCUGCUGCUGCAGCAGCAAACGUCCGACUUGUCGUGGAUUGGGAAUAUUAUAAAAGCAGAAUUAAUGUUCAAUUGCAAAAACUUAUUUGCAUUCCUGCAAUGCGACAGGGUUUAGAAAACCCAAUUGCUGCAGUGCCGGUUCCCCGCUGGCUGCAGCAGCAGCAGCAAAGCAGCGACAGGCGCCAAACCAAAAUCGACGCCUUCUUUGCUGCUGCAGCAGCCAGCAGCAAGCAGCGCGACCUGCAGCAGCAGCAGCAGCAGCAGAGGGUGGGCGCCGCAGCAGCAGACGCGCCCGAAGCGGCAGAGGAGAAGCAGAAGCGGCGGCAGCAGCAACAGCAAAUGCUGCAGCAGCAGCAGCAGCAGCAGCACAUGCAGCAGCAGCAAAGGCAGCAGCAGCAACGCAAAACGGAAAUGGAAUUGUUCAAAACAAAUUUCAGCGAGUGGAUCACAGCCCAGAGAACGAAAUGGCUCAAAAUCCGAGAGGACCCGGGGUCGUUUAUUCUUCGGGUGACUUCUCCAACUUCUUCAAAUUUCUUUUUCCUUCCUUUUCAAAUUUACAGAAUUCUUUUCGUCAACAGCACAACUCCAGUUACAUCCCAAACCACCGGCAGCAGCAACAGCAGCAGCAGCAACAGCAGCAGCAGCAGCAGCAGCAGCAGCAGCGAUCUUCGGCUAAAGGCCCUGACGGGGCGCUAUUUGCUGCCUCGGGGGUUGAAGCAGCUUCAUUUGUGCGAAUUGGCAAUUAAAGAAAAAGUUUUCAAAAAAGAAAAAGCUGCAAUUUAUGCUUCUUUUCAUCAAAAAGCUGCAGGCAUCUUCGAGGGAAACUUGCCGCUGGACUUCGCGUUCAUUUCGAGAGUGGGAAAUACCAUGGAGGCCCAUACGUCAGAACUUAGCAACUUGAUUGACGCAUCGGGGGCUUUGAGUUCCCUGGGAUUUUCGCGAGCCUCCAGCUCUUCCUUCUCAAGACCCCUAAACCCUAAUUUAGGGUUUUACAUGAAGGACGUGAAGCCGUUGAUUGUGCACAUAAUUCACGGGGAGCGUUCGCGGCCAACGCAAUACCCUAAACCCUCAGCAGCAGCAGCAGCAGCAGCAGCAGCAGCAGCAGCAAAUGCGCGCGAAGCCUGCGACCGAAUAUUCUGCGCUGUUUAUGAACCAACACUAACAGCAGCACCAGCAAAUAAAAUAAAUUUAAAUUCCAAUUCAAAAAAAGAAGGACUUGGACUUGCUGCUGGUUCUGCUGCUUUCUUCUUUGGGGGUUUGCUGGCCCAGGAGGUGCGGCCGCAGCAGCUGCAGCAGCAGCUGCUGCAGCAGCAGCGGCAGCAGCUGCAGCAGCAGCAGGAGGAGGAGGAAGAGGAGACGGAUGAAGAGACAGAAGAAAUAAAUGCGAAAGCUAAAAGAAAUAUGACAUGGCCAGAAGCAGAUGAAGACAAAUUAAAUAAAUUUCAAAGUUUAUAUUCCUUGAGUGAUCCCGUUUGCUGCUCCUACACCAGCAGCAGCAGCAGCAGCAGCAGCAGCAACGCAGCAACAGCUGCAGCAGCAGCAAAAGCUCAAAAGAAGGACGUCUCCCAGACCCUCAAGGCGCUCGAGGAAUACCUCUACCAGAAGCAGCAGCAGCAGCAGCAGCAGCAGCAAGGGUUUAGGAAAUACGUUUUGCUGCUGCUCUCCACCCUCCCGCAGGACCAGCUGGGCAGCUGGGCGCAGCCAGUAGCAGCAGCAGCAGCACAGCAGCAGCAGCAGCAGCAGCAGCAAACAAGAACCUACUAUGACGCCCAUACAUUUUCCAUACCCAUUAUUACAUUUGAAGAAAUUCCUGCAAAGCUCUACACACUCACUCGAGCUAACUUCGCCCAGGCGGCCUUCCGCGAGUCCCAGCGUUUGCUGCUGCAGCAGCACGAACUCUACGAAGCAUCUUUGUGGCUUUCUCGCCUCAUGAAAUAUCCCCUAGGACUCUGCGGGAACAGCGGGGCGUGCUGUGGAGCAGCAGCAGCAGCAGCAGCAGCAGCAGCAGGUGGGAAGUGGGUGCUGUGCUGCGCAGCAAAGAGACAGAUAUUGGGGGCCCCUAUUUGUCUCCUUCUCGAUACGCCAGCAGCAAGAGGGCAGCCAGCAGCUGAGUUGGCGCUCGAGGGCUUCCAUUCGCCCACGCAGUUCUCGCCGGCAGCGUUCAGGGUAUUAGGGUUUGCGCUGCAGCGCCUGUUUGCUUCUUUGUAUUUGCUGGAGCAGCAGCAAAUAAACAAUUUUGAAAUUAAAGUAAACCAUUUAAUUAUUUCUUCUUUUUACCCCUGGAUUUGCGACAGAAAGGCAACUCUUUUCGACGCAGCCCUCAAGACAAAAGUGCAGCGGCACGCGGACACUUAUUUGUCUUUGCUGCUGAACGAGUUUUCGAAAAGUUUUUCCUUUAAAAUAAUAGCAGCAGAUUUGCGGGUAAUUUUGACUUCGACGGGUUUGGCAGUUGCUGCUGCAGCGCAGCAGCAGCUGCAGCAGCUGCUGCAGCAGCUGCAGCAGCAGCCGCUCUUCGAGGCCCUUGUCAUUUCCCCAGUGGAUUCUUUCGUAGCUGUGCUGCAGCUAGACGAAAGAGACUGGGUGGGGUAUAGAGAAUUUGUCCCCCUCAGCCGCAGCCGCAGCAGCAGCAGCAGCAGCAGCAGCAGCAGCAGCAGCAGCAAUUUGGAACUUGAGGCCGAGGGAGUUGCAGGUUGUCUCUCUUCUCUCCGCUGCCUCCCGCUGCCCCUGGCAAACUUUUUAAAGUUUGUAAUUGACAGAGCCACGCAGCUGCCGCUGCUGCAGCUGCUGCACCAGAUAAAUGCUUACGAAGAUGACUUCUGCCCCAGCAGCAGCAGCAACAGCAGCAGCAGCAGCAGCAGCAGCAGCAGCGGCGGCCGCGCCGGCAGCAGGGUUUGGACGCGGGAGGAAACUGCUGCGAAGCUGUCCGAGCUGGCGGCGCAGCUGUGGUUUGCUGCUGCUGCUGACGGCGAUGAACCAGCAGCAGCAGCAGCAGCAGCAGCAGCAAACCAUGAUAAGGAAAAUGCCUUCUUCCGGUCGAACUCCAAAAACACCAAAGACAAAUCCUUCUUUGGAAAGAUCAAACGUGUCAUCAGCGACCCUCUAGAGCUCAUCCGCAGGUACGGGUCACCUGCGGAUGUUCGGGAUAGCAAAGAGCUUUCCUUCAAAUCUUUGGAGUUUCCAGCCUGCCUAGGCUCCCGCUGCUCCUCGGGCUCUUGGAGGCACUUGGCGGUUUCUUUCAUUUGCCGAUUAAUGCAAAUCGACAAAGACAUUGACUACAAGCAGCAAAGCUGGGCAGAGGCUCUCGCGGAGCGUAGCCACAGUUUGCAGAGUUUGGCUGGGGAUUCGGAGUUGCUGGCCUCUGCGUGGAAACCCCCUCUUAGGGUUUUGCAAUUAAAAGAAAUAAAUUGUUUUUUUUGCAAAUCCAUUUCAAACCUCGAAGUCCUUUCUGCCCUCGAAGAAGUCCACGCACUCACCACCGACGGCGCGCAAGUCGUCGUCAAGAUCUGCAAAUGCCCAGCUUGCGGCAACCCUUUGGCAGAUGAAGUUCUCGAGGCACACCUUCUGCGCGCCCUUCAGGAAAUGCACUAUGCCUUCUUAGCGCAAGACCUCUACUGCGUUGGCUGCCAGGCGGUUUGCGUGACUCACCUUCGAGACAAGUGCAAGUGCGGAAAACCCUUUAGGGCUCGUCUGGAUCCGAAGAUUUGGGAGGACUUCGUGCAAACCACGCAGGAGGUCGCAGUGGAAAUGGGAUUUGAAACGCUGCAGUCCUGCUUAGUCCAGAUCCAGGAGGCUUGGUGCUAG